AUGACGAGAAGGCGCGUUGGUUCCGAAGCCCUUACGCCGCCUAUAAGCGUCGACGACCCCGAAGGCGCCUGUCUUCUGUCGCGCGCUGUUCACGUCCUCUCUACCGCCGCGACCGCUCUCUCACAGGUCACUAUCCUAUAUCAGUCUGACCCUAUCGCGCGGGAGGGCCUCCUGCAGGCAGUCGAAUGCAUCAAGAGCGUCAAGGAAGCCGGUGGCAAGUUGCUCAUCUGCGGCGUGGGCAAGAGCGGGCUUGUGGGGAAGAAGACGGUGGCGAGCAUGAAGAGUCUGGGUAUCCCAUGCACCUUCCUGCACCCCGCUGAAGCAUUGCACGGCGAUCUGGGUGACAUUCGACCCAUUGACGCGAUCAUGUUCAUCUCCUACUCUGGCAAGACCGCCGAGCUCAUGACUGUCCUCGAUCAUGUCCCCUCUUCCAUACCCGUGCUGGCCAUCACAUCUCAGACGAAGCCAGCCGACUGCCCACUCCUCCGCGAUAGAGUCGAUGGGAUAUUGCUCCCCGCACCGAUCCAUGAGCUAGAGGAAGUCUCAUUCGGCGUGUGUGCGCCAACUACCUCCACGACAGUGGCUAUCGCAGUAGGCGACAUGCUCAUGCUCACGCUCGCCCAAGCCUUGCACGCAGACGACACCAAGCAAGUCUUCAAACGGAACCACCCAGGCGGUGCCAUCGGCGAGAACGCGAAGCGGAAGGCAGAAGACCACGACAUCGAAGAAGUUACGAAAUGUACAAAGAAGCAUGCCGGGCUCAUGUCGCCCGCGUGA